AUGGGCGGCGUCGCUUCAGUGCCCACUGACCGCAAGAGGUCUCUAAGAGUGAUUGGAGCUGGAUAUUCGAGAACAGGGACACUUUCUAUGGCGAUGGCCCUAGAAGAGCUUUUAGAAGGGCCAGUCAUGCACGGCGGCUCUCAGCUGCUUGGAAGAGAAGAUGCCUAUGUCAAGCUUUGGUCAAACAUCUUCGCCGCCCGUCACGAUCGACGGCGACUGAUGAAGCGGUUGAGAGAAGCCACGGCUGGAUUUGUCGCUAUCACUGAUGCCCCAGGAAACUGCUUUGUUGAAGAGCUCAUGGAGAUCUACCCAGACGCCCAAGUCAUCUGCGUCACUCGUGAUAGGGAGAAGUGGUGGGCGAGUUGGGAAGCGGUUACCAAAGAGGCCGGGGCUGGCUUUCUGAACAUACUAAUGGCACCCGUCCCUGGAAAGCGAUGGUAUCCGACGCUUGUUGCGCAGUUUUCCGAGCAACAAGAAGAGCGGUUUGGUCCAAUGACUUCUGCACGACUUGAUGAACAUAACGAAUAUGUCCGACAAGUUACCCCUGCCAGCAAGUUCAAUAUGGUAGAGUUAGGUCAAGGCUGGGCGCCUUUGUGCAAGAUACUGGAUCUACCUGUUCCUACAAAGCCAUUUCCACAGGCAAACGAUGCCGAUGCUGUGAAAGGCCUGGAAUUGAAGAUCUUUAGAGAGGCCGCGGGACGAUGGCUGUUGGUUCUUGGCCUUCCUCUAGCUUUGGCGGCUGGCGUCUGGAAAUAUGUUGUUUGA